CGCUCGACGCCUCUCAGCAGCAGCGGCUUGUGCGCCGUCAUCGCGUCGCUAGCGGGCUGCCAGCCUCGGAGGACGAAACGCGGCGUCGGGGGGGGGGGGAUGCUAACGCUACAAGAGCAGCUCCGUUCGGAAGAAAGAAGAAGAAGCAGCUCCGCUGUGAUGGUUUUAUUCAAAUCAAAUUAAAUUGACGAAGGAACGGAGGAAAAGGGACCGCGAUCCCGAGACGUUCACUCGCCAAAGCGACGAUUUCCAGGAGUUCACAGUGAGCUCCAUCUUUAACAUUCAAGGAGGAAGCCUGUGGAUUCGACGAGCGGGUUUGUUAUCCAAUCAAAAAGGCCUUAAGGACUCUAUCCGCCAAUCACGGAAGACCAUGGUGGCAAAUAGGGAAUCCAGACGACUGUCGAAAAUGGCCAUCGGGCGGCAGUUUGGACUCUUGGUGUGGAAAAACUACCUUCACCAGAAACGUCAAAUCCUGGUGACGCUGGUGGAGAUCAUCUUGCCUCUGCUGUUCUCCGGCAUCCUCAUCCUCCUCCGCCAGAAGGUGCCUUUCAAGGACUUCCCCAACGCCACCUUCUACGAGAGCUUUCCGGUCGAAGCCUUACCCAGGAACUUCCUGAGGCACCUGCAGUUGGCGUACGUGCCGGCCAACUCCAGCGCCGUGCGGCAGGUGGCGGAGGACGUGCGACUCAACCUGGCCUUGCCCUCGGUGCAUGGCUUUGAGACGGAAAAGCACUUUGAGGACUACGUGAGGAACGACCCCCUGUCGGGACUCGUCCUGGCCGCCGUGGUGUUUGAGGAGCCCUGCUGUCGCAAUGACGAGCCUCUGCCCCUCCAGGUCAGCUACCACCUCCGCUUCACGUUCACCCCUCGCAACGCCCCGCCCAAAGAGAAGUCGGAGCUGGACCCCAACAGCGACUUGGACUGGCACACGCUCAGCCUCUAUCCGCUUUUUCAGCUGCCCGGCCCGAGAGAGCAGUACAACAUGUUUGGGGGAACACCUGGUUAUUACCGCGAGGGAUUCCUUGCCAUGCAGCACGCCGUGGACAAAGCCAUCAUGCGCUCGUACAACAGGACGGCGGCCGACUCGCUUCUGGGCCAGACCCGGGUGGUCCUGUCCCGCUUCCCGUACCCCCCCUUCAUCUACGACGUCUUCAUCCUGGCCAUUCAGAACCAGCUCCCCCUGCUGCUGGUGCUCAGCUUCACCUACACGUCCCUCAACAUCGUCCGAGCCGUCGUGCAGGAGAAGGAAAGGAAGCUGAAGGAAUACAUGAGGAUGAUGGGACUCAGCAACUGGCUCCACUGGACUGCUUGGUUCCUCAUGUUCUUCCUGUUCCUGUCAAUCUCCGUCUUUUUUGUCACUCUGCUCCUUUGCAUCCAGGUCAGCCCCAAUGGAGCGGUCCUGACCUACAGCGACCCCACGCUGGUCUUUGUCUUUCUUCUGAUCUUCACUGUGGCCACCAUUAACUUCAGCUUCAUGAUCAGCACCUUCUUUUCACGAGCCAACGUGGCGGCGGCGGCGGGGGGCUUCAUGUAUUUCAUGAGCUAUUUGCCGUAUCUGUUCCUGUGGCCGCGCUACGACCUCCUCAGCCACGCGCAGAAGGUGUCGGCCUGCCUGAUCUCCAACGUGGCCAUGGCCAUGGGGGCGCAGCUCCUCGGGAUGUUCGAAGGCAAAGGAAUGGGUAUUCAGUGGUCCAACUUGUUUGAUCCCGUGACGGCGGACGAUGACUUCUCGCUGGCGCAGGUGAUGGCGUUGCUGCUUUUUGACGCCGUCGUCUACGCCCUGGUGGCCUGGUACGUCGAGGCCGUUUUCCCCGGAGAGUACGGCGUGCCGCUGCCCUCGUACUUCUUCGUACUGCCUUCCUACUGGUGCAGCAGCCCCCGCUUGGCUCUGCUGAGCGAGAAGGAGGAAGAGGAGGAUGCCGAAAAGGCUCUGAAAGGAGAAUUUAUCGAGGAGGAGCCAAACGGCGUCGUCUCCGGCAUCAAGAUUAAGCACCUUGUUAAGGAGUUCCGAGUGGGCAACAAGACCCGCAAGGCCGUGCGGGAUCUCACGCUGAAUAUGUUCGAGGGGCAGAUCACGGUCCUGUUAGGACACAACGGCGCCGGCAAGACCACCACGUUGUCCAUGUUGACAGGUCUUUUCACGCCCACCAGCGGGAGGGCUUACAUCAACGGAUACGACAUCUGUCAGGACAUGGCUCUGAUCCGACGCAGUCUGGGUCUGUGCCCUCAGCAUGACGUUCUGUUCGAUAAUCUCACCGUGACGGAGCAUUUGCUUUUCUACGCGCAGUUGAAAGGCUUCUCCAAGGACAAGAUCCCGGAUGAGGUGGACAGAAUCAUCCGCAUCCUCCAACUUGAAGACAAGCGACGCGCUCGCUCCAAGACGCUGUCAGGUGGCAUGAAGAGAAAACUCUCCAUUGGCAUCGCCCUGAUUGGCGACUCCAAGGUGGUGAUGUUGGACGAGCCCACGUCCGGUAUGGACCCGUCGGCCCGGCGUGCCACGUGGGACCUGCUCCAGGGCGAGAAAAAGGGGCGCACCAUCCUGCUCACUACGCACUUCAUGGACGAGGCUGACCUGCUGGGCGACCGCAUCGCCAUCAUGGCCGGCGGGGAGCUGCAGUGCUGCGGAUCGCCGCUUUUCCUCAAGAACAAAUAUGGUGCCGGCUACCACAUGGUGAUCGUAAAAGAGGCCCAAUGUAACGUGUCCGAGAUCACCCGCCUCGUCCACCUGUACGUUCCGAACGCCACGCUGGAGAGCAGCGCGGGGGCCGAGCUGUCCUACAUCCUGCCGAAGGAAAGCACCAGCAGGUUUGAGCUUCUGUUCGCCGAGCUGGAGAUGAACAGAGAGGAAUUGGGCAUCGCUAGCUACGGCGCAUCUGUCACCACCAUGGAGGAGGUCUUCCUCAGAGUGGGGAAAUUGGUGGAUUCCAGUUUGGACAUCCAGGCCAUCCAACUGCCCGCGCUGCAGUACCAGCACGAGAGACGCUCGCACGACUGGACGACGGACGACGCCAGCAGCAUCAGCGGCAUGACCGACGUCACAGACUUCACCGACAGCGGCACGCUCAUCUCCGAGGACUGCUCCAACAUCAAACUCAACACAGGGGUAAGACUUUACCUGCAACAGUUUUACGCCAUGUUCCUGAAGAGGGCGCUGUACAGCUGGAGAAACUGGAAAGUGAUGGUGGCUCAGUUUCUCAUCCCCUUGGUGUUCACCGUCAUGGCAUUAGUUGUGGCGCGCACCCUUCCCAACCACAAGAACGCCCCCCAGUUGGGACUGGAGCUGGGUCGUUACGGCCCCACCCGGGUCCCCGUCGCUCUGCAGACGGGGGCGGGGGCCCUGGCCUCCGCCUUGGCCAAUGCUUACGCCUUGCAAAUCCACAGGCAGCACGGACAGAUCGUCAACAUAACAGACUUCACCGACUACAUCCUAACCCAGGCGGAGGAGGAGGGCGGCAGCUUUAACGAACGCUGCGUGGCGGGCGCCGCCUUCCGCGGAAGCGGCGAGCACUUUGCCGAGGCGACGGCGUACUUCAACAACGAGGGCUACCACACGCCCGCCACGGCUCUCAUGAUGGUGGACAACGCUCUGUUCAGACUGCUGGCCGGGCCCAACGCUUCCAUCCACACAGGAAACCGCCCGAUGCCGCGCAACCUCUCCGAGGCCGCCCAGAGCGAGCUCUCCCAGGGAAAGACGGGCUUUGUCAUCGCCAUCAACCUGAUGUACGGGAUGGCCUCACUGUCCAGCACCUUCGCGCUGCUGCUCGUCACCGAGUCGGCCGUCAAGUCCAAGCACGUGCAGAAGGUCAGCGGCGUCUACCUGUCCAACUUCUGGUUCUCGGCGCUGCUGUGGGACCUGGUCAACUUCCUCCUGCCGUGCCUCGUCAUGUUGGCCGUGUUCCAGGCCUUCAGCCUGGAUGCCUUCAUAAAGGACAACCACCUGGUGGACGUGCUUCUGAUGCUGCUGCUGUACGGCUGGGCCGUGGUGCCGCUCAUGUACUUGCUGAGCUUCCUCUUCUCCUCCGCCGCCACCGCUUACACCCGCCUCACCAUCUUCAACAUGAUCUCCGGCACCACCACCUUCCUGACCGUCACCAUCAUGACCAUCCCAGAGUUGAACUUGCGGAACUUGUCCCGCUUACUGGACAAGGUGUUCCUGAUCUUUCCAAACUAUUGUUUGGGAAUGUCCUUCUCUCAGUUCUACCAAAACUACGAGUUCAUUACAUUUUGCACAACCAACCCAUUCACGCAAGCCAUCUGCAAGUACUUAAAUAUCACGUACCAAGCCAACUACUUCUCUAUGUCCGAGCCUGGCGUGGGGCGCUUCAUGGUGGCCUUCUCCAUACAAGGCUUCGUCUUCAUCCUUCUUCUGUUCGUCAUCGAGCUGCAGUGUGUCCGUUCUCUCCGGCGACUCCUCUCCGGCCUGUGCAGGAGGCGAAAACAGUUGUCUUUGAUCGGCGAUGCAGCGCUGCUCCCGGAGGACAGAGACGUGGCAGAUGAGAGGAAGCGGGUUCUCGAGUGCCAGCCCGUGGUGGAGUCCAUGGUCGGGAGCCCCCUCGUUUUGCAAGAGCUCAGCAAGGUGUACAGCAGCGGGCAGACACUUCUUGCUGUGGACCGGUUGUCUCUGGCUGUGGGGAAAGGGGAAUGUUUUGGUCUGCUGGGCUUCAACGGCGCGGGGAAGACCACCACCUUCAAGAUGCUGACCGGCGACGAGAGCGUCACGUCCGGGGACGCCUACAUUGACGGCUACAGUAUCUUGAGAGACAUCAAGAAGGUGCAACAGCGCAUCGGUUACUGUCCUCAAUUCGACGCCGUGUUGGACCACAUGACGGGCAGAGAAACGUUGAGCAUGUACGCCAGGCUGCGAGGAAUACCCGAGAAGUACGUGUCGGGCUGCGUGGAGAACGUGUUGCGGUCGCUGCUUCUGGAGCCGCACGCGGACAAACUGGUGCGCAGCUACAGCGGUGGCAAUAAGCGGAAGCUGAGCGCCGGCAUGGCGCUCAUCGGCGGACCGCCGGUCAUCUUCCUGGACGAGCCCUCCACCGGGAUGGAUCCUGUCGCCAGGAGGCUGCUGUGGGACGCUGUGACCCGCACGCGGGAGUCCGGCAAGGCCGUCAUCAUCACAUCGCAUAGUAUGGAGGAAUGCGAGGCGCUGUGCACCAGACUGGCCGUGAUGGUGAACGGGCAGUUCAAGUGCCUCGGGAGUCCGCAGCACCUGAAGAGCAAGUUCGGCAGCGGCUACACGCUGCUGGCUAAGGUGCACGUGGAGGGCGAGUUGGAGGACAGUGACCUGAAGCUUUUUAAAGACUUCAUCGAAAGCAUCUUCCCAGGAAGUCAGCUGAAGGAUGAACACCAGGGAAUGGUCCACUAUCAUUUGACUGACAGGACGCUAACUUGGGCCCAGGUGUUUGGCACCCUGGAGGCAGCCAAAGAGAAGUACAGCAUCGAGGACUACUGCGUGAGCCAGAUCUCACUGGAGCAGGUCUUCCUCAGCUUCGCUCAGUUCCAGCACUGCACGGAAAGCAAGAGGAAGUAAGACCCCCACCCCCCCACCCCCACCCGUCCGACAUCCGUCUGUCCUUUGCCCUUAUUCUCGCCUGCGUGCGUGUGAGUGACCGGUCUCGAUGGACUUGAACACUGUGCCAUUGCGCCACACCGCUGUUGUGUAACAGACUCCUCAUGGUUUGGAUUCUCUGCGCUGCCCCCUUUUUAAUUAUCUUUUUACACGAGUUCGUAGGCAAUGACAUCACGCAUUGCUGUUGUGUUGCGUCCAAGCGCCUUUGCGUGCGUAUUAUUUAAAAUCUUAUUUUAAGAUGUGAUCAUGUUUCAGAGGACUUGUGAUUUAAAAAAAAAAAAAAAAAGGAAAAAAAAGAACCACGGUUUGAUAUGUUAAUGAUUGUUGCACACCUCAAAGCCUUAUGUAACCAAUGAGGGUUAUUUCUUGUUUGUUUUUAUUGCCUUUGUUUCAAGCCUCUAAAUGUUGCCAGGUGCAAAAUCAUGUGAUGUGUUCAUGGUGCAUUAAAAAAAAAAAAAAAAAGGGGCAGAGGGCAGAGCAUUUAAAGUUCACGUUGCAUGCGAAAAAGUCGAGUGGCUGACAGCAUGGCACUUAAAGAAAUCCGUAUCGUGCCAACAUCCGAUCUAUCCGGUCUGGUGGAACCUCCAAAAAAAAUGGUCCAGAGUAGGCCUUAAAAGUCCAAAUCAGCUGAUCCUGUGCGAGAAAUACAAUUAAUUAUCACUUAGCUGUAGAGUGGUGCCUCGACUUUCAAGAUUUAUUUUAGUUUUGCGAUCACAUUCGUCACGCAAACCCCUCAUAAGCCAAAUCAUCGUUCCAUACGGUUAGAGAUGUUCUGUAAUUAGAGCUACGCAGAUUUUUGACAUUGAUCAGUUUGUCAGUCAGACUUUCAUGUCUUUUACAGUUGGCAUUACCGGCAUUUUGAUUAUGAUGUAAGAGCACUGACUGAAAUAUAAACAGAAAUGUAAACCUAACUGAGCAAUUUCUAUUCAUACAUACAGUACAUACGUCACCAAGUGGGUCAAAGAUGUACGUAAAAUGACCAAAAUGCCACUGUUUAAGCACGAGAUACAGUCAGAGUUUCAUGAAAUAUAUCAAUUGACACAUACCGACGUAGCCCGACGUCUAGCUAACGCACACCCUCAUAACGACGUGGAUGGGAUUUGUGAAAGAAAAGAGCAACGUUUAGCUUGAUUUUUCGACGGCAAAGAAUUCUUGGAAGCAAAAGGAGCUCCGCCGGUCCGAAAUUCCAUAACGUUUUGCACUCCUUAGACAAGCACUGACUCUCACAAGGACAAAAACAAAAAACCAAAUAUAAAUAAACCUAACCGAGCAAUUUUUAUUCAUACAUACAUACAUAUAUACAUACAUACAUCACCAAGUGGGUUAAAGAUGUGCGUAACAUGACCAAAAUGUCACUGUUUGAGCACAAAACUUUCAUGAAAUAUAUCAAUUCACACAUGCCAACGUAGCCCGACAUAUAGCUAACGCACAGCAUCUGUGAAAGAAAAGAGCAACGUUUAGCUUAAUUUUUGGACGGCAAAGAAUUCUUGGACGCGAAAGGGGUUCCGCCAGUCCAAAAUUCCAUCACGCUUUGCACUCCUUACACAGCUGAAAUCAAGAGUGUGAAGCACAUUGAGUAAUGAUUUAUGCCGGGAUCAGAUUACAAGCAAUCAUGGAGCGCGAUUCAGUGCUUCAAUUCAGUGGCCGUCGGUUAGGCGCGCGUCGUCAAUUUAAGCGGAGUUGCCGUUGUAUUUCCUAUAAGGGGGGGUGGGGGGGGUUAAUGUCGAACAAAUUGGCAUAUACUUUGCAAGUUCCUCCGUAUAUUUUGAAAUGAAUGCUCUUUUAAAAAUGUAAUGGCAACGGCACCCCAAAAAAAAAAACUAGAACAAAACACUACAUCAAUCUUUUUAUGUGCAUGAUAGGGUUAGAUAACGUAGACUGUAAUGUGUAUGACGAUGACAGAAUUUAUCAGCUUUAAAUCGAUGCUUGAUAGGCUACAAUAGAGUCAGCGGAGAGUUGAUGUGCUUUUGGGCAAGCUGCAAAUGCCUCGUGUUUUCUCAUAGAUAGUCUCGAAACACACGCCUGGAAGCUUAACGGGGAACGAGCGGACCGCUGUUUACUCCUCUUUUAAUCCGAAUUCACAGCGUUUUUUUUGUACUUAGACGUAAAUAAUUUUUCCUAAUGCUUCGGAAUUGUGACCCUAAUAAUCUCACCCUCCCUCAAUAUUAUCCACCUUGUCCACCAGAUAUGAGAUGAAUGUAUUAACCGAGCAAAAAAAUAAAUAAAUUGUUGGCAGCAUGAGAUGCUUUUGCAAAGCUUUCCUAAGGUCUGACAUUCCACAAAGAUGAACAUUUUUUUUUUUUUUUUUUUUUACACAUUUUUCCGAUUUUCUUUCAUUGUAUUUUGCACACGUGCUCACUUCUGCGUACGACUUGAACCGUAAAGUCGGCCGUCCAAAAGGCGCUGCUGAUGUUGACGUAUGCUGUACGAAGGGAAUAUUAACGUCAUUGCGACUGUGUGGCGCUCAUCCUGUUGACUGUAUGAAUAUGUACCGUCAUCUUCCUUUUUACAUUAAA